UUACCAAGGACUGCAGAAAGAGGUCUGGUGCUUCAAAAGGUACAAGAGGACGACGAAGGGAGAAUACAUUCCCGGAAAUGGGUGCCAACUUGACACUGUGCUGCUGCCACUAUUAUCUCAAGUACACCAGAGAUAAGAAAAAUCCAUCUUUGCGCAUGCCCACUGGCAAAGCUUCCAAAACUUCCAAGACACCAGUUCAGCAAUCCAGCGAUUUCAGUGAUGGCGAAACAGAGGAGGAGCGGGAGGUCACAACGAGGACUUCGUGGCAGCAAAGCCCAAGGACAAAUCAACACAGCGGCUCGUACAGCAGAAGGGAAUCGGACCGAGACCUGCAGGCUUUCAUCAGCUGGAGAAAUCAGGUUGACCAGGCUACAGAGGAAUGGGAACAGCUGAAUUAUGACAUCCACACACUACGAUAUGCCAAACGAGAAGUGAGAGCACGAUGGAAGAAAAUCCUGCUACAAUUAGGAUAUCACUCUGAGGUGGACUCCUUGCUGUAUGUCAACAAGCAAAGUUACUUGAAUCGGGACCAGGAGAGUCUCACCAAAGCUACUGAACUCUUGACCCAGCUGGUGGAACACACGUCCCUGUUUCCUGCGGGAACAGGACAUCGGACCAGAUACCUCUAUGUUAUGGACCGCUUGGUGUCUCUGGACAGCGCCGAAGAAUUUGUCAGACUGGCUGUGGAAAAAUAUCCAAAGGCUUAGAAGCAACAUGGCAGAAACACGCCACAUAACUGAUGCUAUGUUAUACUGUUUUGUACUGUAAUCCACAUGUCCUGUUUUGUUUUGUUUUAUUGUUGCCCAACUG